AUGUCAACAGCAUCUCGCAAUAGUCUACCCCGCACGGGUGUGGCCACACUCCUAGCAGGACUAAAGACGCCCGGCGAAAUACAGCUGCCCAACGGCGCAGUGAUACCUGUCGGCAUCGGCGAGCCAGUUUAUCGAGUGAUUUUCCGCUCGGAGAGUGCGCUGCGCACACCAAUGACAGAAAUGGGCGUUGGCCGAGCUUAUCUAUCUGGUGAUAUCGAGGUUGAGGGUGACUUGGGCGCCCUGUUCAACGCCCGCCAGAAUCUAUAG